AGUGUGCUUUUUGUUUGGUCUGUUAUUUGUCCAGAACUCCCACUCCAUUAUGGCAGGAGAGAUAGGAGGUUUCUGACUGACCAGCAGCUCUGGGACAAGGAGAGGAGCUGCAGUUUGGACCAGGAACAACCAGAACCUUUACAGGAUGGAUCAGAACCUCCACACAUUAAAGUGGAGCAGGAUGAUCCAGAACCUUUGCAGAUUCUAGAACAAGAGGAGUUCAGCAUCAGUCAGGAUGAAGAGCAGUUUGUACUGAAGCAGGAGACGGUUACCUCCCUUGUGACUCCUGCUGAUGAGCAAAGUGACCACCAUGAACCAGAACCAGACAGACACCAGCUCCUUUCUUCACUGUCUCCUGCGGCUGAGAUCCAAAACCAGGAAGGAAGGAUUCACCACUUCAAACUUCCACAGCAUCAUUCCUGGGAAAAGGAGAAGGUUCUGACUGACCAGAAGUUUUCUAACCAGGAGACCACCACCAGUUUGGACCAGAAGGAACCAGAACCUCCACUGAUCAAAGAGGAACAGCAGGAAAUUUGUAUCCAUCAGCAGGAAGGACAGUUUAUUUUGAAGGAGGAAAAUCUUACCUCAUUGGUGAUUUCUCCUUCUGGAGAUACAGACUGCUGUGAACCAGAACCAAACAGGAACCAACCCUUGUGUCAGAGUUCUGCUGAAGCUGAGAACCAAGAUCAGGAUGGAUGCAGGAAUGAAAACUCCGAAUCAAACAGCAAUGAAGAACUGACACAAAAUAAAAGUCGUCAACAGACCGAAGAUCACAGAGACGGUGUCGACAGUCAGAAACUAAAAAGGCACAAGAGGGCUCACAGAGGCAAUAAAUUAUUUUCUUGUAAAAUCUGCGGGAAAUCCUACAGUUACAACUGUGAAUUAACCGUUCACAUGAUAGCUCACACAGGUAAAAAGCCCUUUACAUGUUUAACUUGUGGGAAAUGUUUCUCUCAGGUGGGUACGUUGAAUUAUCACACUAGAACUCACACCGGUGAAAAGCCAUUUAAAUGUUUGACUUGUGGAAAAUGUUUUUCUCGGAGUUCAAUCUUGACUAUGCACGUCAGAAGUCACACAGGUGAGAAACCAUUUAAAUGUGAAACUUGUUGCAAAGGUUUCUCCAGGAGUAGUAACCUGACUACUCACAUGAGAACUCACACAGGUGAAAAGCCUUUUAAAUGUAAAACUUGUGGUAAAUGUUUUACUCGGAGUGGUACCUUGACUGAUCACAUCAGAACCCACACAGGUGAGAAACCAUACUCGUGUAAAGUAUGUAGUAAAUCUUUUGCUUGCAGAAACCAUUUGACUAGGCACAUCAGAAUUCACAAAAGUAAGAAGCCAUUCACAUGAGAGACUGGGAACUUCACUGAUCACAUUAAAACUCAUCACAGAUGAGAUGUAGGGCUGAGUUAUAUAUCAGUUUUGUUAUUAAAUCAAAUUAGCCUCUUUUGAAUGUUUAAUUUUAGGAAUAUUUCCAUAACUUCUUGGGCUUUUGUAAUUCAGAGAAAGUUCUGCUGCUGUGUCCAAGUGUUUACUUUAGACUGCAUGGACGUAAUUUGGGGGGGGGGGGGGGGGGGACUUUUUCCAAAGUCAAGUUUUGGCCCCUAGCCUGGCAAGCCAGACUAAAUAAAUGUAUUAUUUAGUCUGGCCACGCUCCAUUGACGGCUCUCAGUUGUGGGGCGGGUUCUACCGUUUUCUUUCAAAUGAUCUCCACAUUCCACUGGACAAUGAAUGUGACAUACUCUUGUUCCACUCUGUUGCAUCAUCCCACCCACCAGGCAUAUAGAGUGCCCUGAUUGGCCCACAAAGCGGAUAAAGCUCUGUGAUUUGUUCACUAAGCAGAUAGAGCACUAUGAUUGGCCCACCAUUAUGGACCAAUCACAGCUCUUUAUGUGUUUGAAACCCCUCUAGAGAGCCGUGAUUGGCUAGCCAGAGUCCUGGUAGGAGCUGCAGAGGUUCCUAUAGAGCUCCGGGAGUUGACGUCACUUCUCCCGGCAUGCAACAGUUCAAAUCGAAACGGCGCCAUAUUGGCAGGCAGAAGCCCGCAGCUGGACUAUUUGUUAUUGUCAGAAAACUCAAUCAAAUGGGAAAUAUGGUAGAUUCCUGUUGUGCCCCAGGAUGCAGAACAGACGGAAUAAGGAAUGAGCCUUCUACAGGUUUCCCCAUGAUCCGGAACGCGGCAAACGUUGGAUAAUUGUAAUAAAACUAGAGCUGAAACAACUAAUCGAUUUAAUCGAUUAUUAAAAUACUUCUUUUUUUGCUCUUUGUCUUGUGUGGCGUGUUUAAAUGCUCAUAAAAUAUUUCAGUUUUUCUUUUUUAGUAAAUCUGCAGAAAUUUCUAAAGUUCUAUUGUCAAUUUGAGGUGCUGUGUGUGCAUUUAUGAGGAAAAAAAUAAUUGACUUUAGACAAUGGCUGCAAUAAAGCUAAGAGUAAAAAGUUGA